AUGGGGCACAUCACCAUGUUGCCAUUGAAGAAGAGGAGGUCAUCCUGUGGCUCUUACUGGGACAGUGCACCGGAGACCAUUGAACUGGGUGGUUUGAUAGAAUGCUGCCAGAGUAGCAGUGAGAGGGAGAACCAAACAGCCAUCACGACGCUCGCCCUUUACGAUUCCCGGACUGUAUUGAAACUCGAACUUACCAAAGACGGCCCGAAUCUUUUUGUCUGGGCAGUUGGGUAA